AGUUCAUUCGGCUAACGACGAUCGUCUCACUUGUCAAUAAUUAGUCCCUCAGCCUUCCAGGUUAUUCAGAACCCGGCGAGUUUUUGCUUCAACGGAUGGAUCUUUGUUUGUAUAUUUUACGAAAAGCCUGGGCUCCACACGGGGGUACAUAUGCUUGACUCGCUAGCGAAAUAGCAGUGUUUGGCAUUAAACAUAUCCCCAAGUAUUUCCGGAGAGAGGGGGCUGUUCUCUGGUGUCUGUGGGGCCCUUGGACAAUAUGGGUAGCAUCGAAAACCGCUGCAUACUCUCAUCUCCACGUUCCCAAUCCAACUACAAACUUGGCAUAUAAACAUCAUCCAAAAUGGCGCCCCAGGUUCUUGUACUCGGCAUGCCGCGCACUGGCACUCAAUCGAUUGGCCAGGCCCUCCAGAUGCUUGGACUGGGUGAGUCCUACCACAUGACCACCGUCGGACCCAACAACCACCACGACGCCUGGUGCACUGCCAUCGAGGCCAAGUUUGGCGAGAAGGACGCCUCCGAGGUCAUCACGCAGGAGUUCUUUGACGACCUCUUCAAGGGCUACGACGCCGUCUCGGACUUUCCCGCCUCCAUCUUUUACAAGGAGCUCCUGGCCGCCUACCCCAACGCCCACGUGAUCCUCACCAAGCGCGCCGAGGACGCCUGGUUCGAGUCCAUGUGCAAGACGCUGCACGUGGCCUACAUCAAGGCCAAGGCCGAGCCUUCCAAGCUUGCAAAGCUGUACCACCAGCACCUGUGGGCCGACAACUUCCUCCGCAACGGCCGCGAGGCCUACCGCCGCCACAACGCCGGCGUCAUGGCUGCCGCCGCCGACCGCAAGGUGCUGGUCUUUGACCCCUCCAUGGGCUGGGGCCCGCUGUGCGAGUUCCUCGGCAAGGACGUCCCCGCCGUCGGGUAUCCCUCCAAGGACAUGUGGCAGGGCUACAAGCGCAUGCUCAAGGAGGUCGAGGAGGGCAGGCUCACUGAGGAUGCCAUCACCAUCGGCGCUCGCAGGGCCCAGGGCCCCAAGAUCAACUCGGCUUACAUUUACACCCAGUCAAAGGAUGCCGAGGUCAAGGGUAUCAAGUCGGCCUACAUCUACACUCAGCAAAAGGAGGCCGGCGCCAUCAAGUCCACUGGCGAGGGUAUAAAGUCUGCUUAUAUUUACACUCAGCAGAAGGAGACGGACCUAAAGACCUCUGGUGAGGGUAUCAAGUCUGCGUACAUCUACACCCAGCAAAAGGAGGCCAAAGAUGUUGAGGGUAUCCGCUCCGCCUACAUUUACACUCAGCAAAAGGAGACGGACCUAAAGACGUCUGGUGAGGGUAUCAAGUCUGCCUACAUCUACACCCAACAAAAGGAGGCCAAAGAUGUCGAGGGCAUCAAGUCGGCGUACAUCUACACCCAACAAAAGGAGGCAGGAAUCGAGGGCAUCAAGUCUGCCUACAUUUACACCCAGUAGAUAAGAGAGAGGGGGAUACCCAAGACUGCAAAGCGGUUAUAUCCGCUCUGGGGUUAUCAGGGGAAAGUACAAAGCGGAAAUUACUGGGUACUUGAAGCUGUACACUUUUACCCCUUGACUUUUCUCUUCACGCGCUUGACGAUGUACAUUUAAAGUAUUCAUGAACAAGGGUAAAUCGAAUGUGUUUACCUAUCUGGCAGUCCUGAAUGCUACCUUGCAGUUUAGAUACGGCUUAUUUGUAGUGACUCGGCAGAUUUGUCAAUGUAGUAUAUCUCCCCGUACCGGC